AUGCUGUCGCUCAGCAAUCAACACCCAGUUGCGUGGCUGGGGCUCCUGCUCGCAGCGGGAGCUCUCUAUCUCUUUUCAUUCGUCGUCUACCGCGUCUUCUUCCACCCUCUGGCGAAAUACCCGGGCCCUCUCAUCGCCAAGCUCACGGAUGGCUACCAGCUCUACCACGCCUGGAAGGGAGACCGCCACCUUCAGUUCUGGCGACUGCACCAGAAAUACGGCAAGGUUGUCCGCUAUGGCCCCAACUCCCUCUCAUUCAGCACCCAACAGUCCCUCAAGGACAUCUACGGCUUCAAGUCCAAUGUUCGCAAGGCUGAAUUCUACAACUCCUUUGCUCACCCCGUUGCCAACACCCACAACACUCGCGACAAGGAGGUUCACGCCCGCAAGCGACGCGUGCUCUCUCACGCCUUUUCCGAGAGUGCCAUGAAGGAGAUGCAGCGAUACAUCCUCAACAACGUCCGCACUUUCUGCGAGCAGAUUGGCCUCCAGGACGGAAAUGCCGACUCCAAGGGCUGGACUCGGCCGCGAAACAUGGCGCACUGGUGCAACUACCUUGCUAUGGACAUCCUUGGCGAUUUGAGCUACGGCAAGGCUUUCCACAUGCUGGAGAGCCCAGAGAACCGCUUUGCCCUGGACCUGGUCGAAGCUGCCACUACUAGACAUCUUCUUUGCGGUACCAUGCCCAUUGUCGACAAGCUCAAGUUCGACAAGAUCAUGUUCCCCAAGCUCGCCGCUGGACGUGCCCGCUACAUGGCCUACAGCAAGGCCCAGCUGACCGAGAGAACCAAGCUUGGAGAGGAGACUGACCGCCGCGAUUUCUUCUACUACCUCCUCAAGGCUCGUGAUCCUGAGACCGGCCAGGGCUUCUCUACCCCCGAGCUGUGGGGAGAGUCCAACCUGCUCAUUAUUGCCGGAUCUGACACCACCUCCACCGCCAUGGCCUCUACCCUGUUCUACCUUACCCGCAACCCCCACGCUCUGCAAAAGGUUGUUGACGAGAUCCGAGGCAAGUUCUCCGACGUUGAAGAGAUUGUCCAGGGGCCUACUCUUGCAUCUUGCACCUAUCUUCGUGCCUGCAUCGACGAGGCCAUGCGUAUGUCUCCUUCUGUCGGCGGUAUCUUGCCUCGUGAGGUCUUGCCCGGCGGCAUCACCAUCGAUGGCCACUUCGUCCCUGCUGGAAUUGUCGUCGGAACCCCCCACUACAACAUCCAUCACAACGAAGAGUACUACCCCCAGCCAUUCACUUAUGCUCCUGAGCGAUGGAUCAAGGACGCUGUCAACCCCGUCCUCAAGAGGGCGUCCACCGUGGAAGACGUUGCACAGGCUCAGGCCGCCUUCUGCCCCUUUAGCAUUGGGCCUCGCGGAUGCAUCGGCAAGGGCCUGGCCUAUGUUGAGAUGACCCUGACUCUUGCUCGAGCCUUUUACCUCUAUGACAUGAGAAGAGCCGUUGGUGUUGCCGACCCUAGCGAGGGCCGCGCUGACCUGGAAUGGGGCCGACACCGUCCCGAGGAGUUCCAGCUGGCGGAUAUUUUCACCAGCGCCAAGAAGGGGCCCGUCGUUGAGUUCAAGUUGGCUCAAAAGUAUUAA